AUGCCGCGUAAACCAUGUUAUUGGACUCGAAAAUUAGAAUUGGAAUUGGUUGAAUUUGUGCACCAGAGAGACUUUAUUUGGAAACCAUUCGGAAAUACUAAUCAUCAAAUUCAGCAAAAAUAUAAGGCUUAUGCAGAAUUUGCUGCAAAGUUGGGUCGCGGUUUUACUGCACGAUCAGUAAGAGAUCGCUGGGUAAAUAUUCGUAGUACAUUCAAUCAUAAUCUACGUCGCCUGGAUAAAUCUAAAGAAAUAGCAAGGUCUCCUGCUGAAGUGUACAUUCCCUGCUGGCCCUUAUGGAAACCUUUGCAGUUCUUAAGAGAAGUCUCUCGAAAGGAGGACCAAAGUAAUUAUGAGCGAUAUCCAGUACUGCAGCCAAAAAUAAAUGAGGAACAAAACAAUCAUAUUGUAAAGGAAGAAUUGCAAUCCGAUUUUGAAAAUAUACAGCUCGGUAUUAGACAACGCGGCAAACGGACAGACAGGCCACGACGUCGAUUUAAAUCACCAUUAAAGAAAAUUAAGAAAGAGAGCAAGUGUUGGCAUUCAAAGAAAGAAAAAAAUAUUAAAAACAAUGAAGAACAUGACCCACCACAUUGGUCCUAUAGCUCAUUUCCGCAAGACGUUGCCCUUCAUGCUGAACAAUUUAAGAGAAAUAUGUCCGAGUGCUUGAAAGAAGUAUAUGUCAAAGAGAAAAAAACCAUUAAACAAUUAUCACCAAAAAAGAAGUCACCUAUACAUGGGGAGUGCCUUAUAGCGUGUGUUUUAAAACGAAAUGGUGUAAUAAGUAACGGGAAAAUUUAUAAAGAUAACUUGAUAAUAUUACUACGCAAGUUUUUCGCAAGCGAUACAAAACUUUUGAAAAAACUGGAUAAAAACCUGGACCGGUGCAUUGAAGCAAGUUCCCACAACAAAAAUGAUUGCGCGAUGGCGGCACAACUUAACGACUGUACCAAUGAUCUAAUGGUCAAUAAUAAACAUAAAAUCUUCGUAAAUUAUUAA